AUGGCUAUCGUCAGGGCCGCCCCUGCUCACAUGAAUGCCUUUCCACUUAUAGUCGUCAAUCUUGACGUGCUCGCCGUCGCAUCUUGCUCAUUCGCCUUUGAAGUAGUAGCAAGUAUUCGUCCGCCGAAAGUCGAGUUCACUCCUGCCGUUUUGGCCAUCUUGGAUACUUUGAAAAGACGAAUAAUAUGA